AUGUUGUCGCUUCCCUGCAAACCCACCAAAGGCAAACCUUCCCUUCCCCGUUUGGCUGGGCUUCUGUUUGUCACUCUGUGUCUCCGCUCCGUUCAUGGGGCUGCUCUCAGAGAGCAUCGACUGCGAGAGAGUGAAUCAGACCCGUCCCUGUCACCUGAUUCUGACAUGAUCAAAGCCUUGGAGUACAUUGAGAGCCUCCGCCAGAGGACGAACGCACAGGAGAAGCCUCUUCUUUCCAUGGGGAAUGAUGGGCAUGACUUGGAUGAUGUUCAGAAGAUAGGCACCGUGCUGAGAACGGCUCCCGACCCGACUCGUGCCAGAAAUGAUGAAGAGGAAGACGACGUGGAUGAGGAGAGGAGUGAUGAUAAGAGCGGGGAGCUGCUGCAGGCCGUGCUCAGCACUCUCCAACAGACUGAAAAGGCCUCCAAACCUGCUUUGCUUCGUCCUUCCUCUGUUGGAGGAGGUGAUGUGAGGAAUGGCAUGUACCCAAGGGUGCAGAAGCAACAGGGCAUCAUGCCCCACAAGAAGAUGCCCUUAAUGUUUGAAGACGAUGAAGAAGGUGAGGGUGAAGAAGAGGAGGAUGAGGAUGACCACGAAAGCCCUUUUAAACGCACCAAUGAGAAUGUGGAGGAGAAGUACACGCCUCAAAACCUAGCGACUCUGCAGUCGGUCUUUGACGAACUGGACAAAUUCACCAAUGAGAAGACCUCGCACAAACGACAGGAUGAAGAGGAUGCGGACGAAGAGGAGGAGGAAGAAGGGGAAGAUUUGUUCAAUCUAAGAAAUUUGGAGUACGAUGACGACGAUGACGAGGACCUCGCUGACUGGGGUCCAAUAGAAGAGCAAGGGGAGGAUGAGGAGGAAGGGGAAGAUGACAAAGAAGAGUUGGAUAGGAGCCUUGACUACGUUGAUGAUGAGGAGGAGCAGGAUGAGGAAGAGAAUGAAAGGUAUCCGGUUCGGAGGUCGACUGAUCCAGACCAGGUCGACUACUACCUUCUUAAAGUGCUGGAGAAAACAGAGGAAGAGGAGCAGAAGCGAGCAAUUGAAGAAGAGGAGAAGAAAAGGGCUGAGAGACGAGUAACUUGGUACCGAAAUAACAUUGACCCGCGAGUUAUUCGUCAGCUCCUUCAGAUCUCCCAGAAAUACCAGAUCCCACCUGUAGAUCUCCUGGGCAUGCUCAAAACCGGAGAAACGAUAAGUCAAGGAAAGAAACAACAGAGCAACAACAAAAACAAUAUCUGGAAGACGUCCGCAAAGAAGAUCUACAAGAUUCCUCAAGCCAAAUUCUACAGUAGACCCCCAGCUGCCAGAAAGGGCAGCCCCAAAAACCUGCAGACAGAAGCAAUCCGUAACAUUCUGGGACUGAACCGAGAUCAAACUCCCGUCAGAAAGCCGUACAGGAGCUCGGCGUCACGAAUUCACACUUUGACAGCGAGGCCCACGGGGGAUGCCGCUCCCACGCAGCGACGUCUCCCUCCCAGCAAGACGAUGGACUACGACGACACGGCAGACGGCGAGCUGGCGGCGUAUCUGGCGGCUCAGAUGCUACCUCGCUAUCCCGGCCUCGCUUACCGCUAUGGCAAGGCUGGCCAAAAGCGGGACGAGGUAGGGCAGAGCACAGCGGGGUCAUUUGAACAGGCCAUGCAGGAUUAUUUGGAUCAAAUGGACUCGGAUAAAGAGGCGGAUAUAAAGAGACAGUCAGAAGAUGAUGAGAGAGGCGACAACACGCAAGAAUUUGAUAACAAGGCUCUGAUGAAACUGAUGAGUUACCUCAACCCAGAAAGUGAGGACAAUGAGAAAGUGCUCAAUGGCAUAUAA